UUUAAAUCCAUGAAAUUGAAAAUCCAAAAAAAUUUUAGAGAAAUAUAACUUCCCUCCUCUAUUUCACCGGGAAACUCAAUAAAACCCUCCUACUUUACCCUUCAUUUAUAAACCUAUCCUAGUGAGAACAAUUCUACAUCUCAUUUCAAAUCAAUUUUCUCUUCUCAUUAUACGUUCUCUCUCUUGAAUUUUAGAAAUGGCGUCCACUAGUAGCAAUCCAGCGAAACAGAGGAAGAGAGUUGAAGCUGAUACUCCUGCUAUUCUUAAGCGCGCUAAGGACGGUAGUGCGUUUGCUCGCUGUGAGGAGUGCAACAGCAGUGUUCCAGUAGCUCUUAUUGACAUGCACAACUGCAGCGCUGAGGCUAAACGUAAGAUGGAUCUUGAAUCGCGAGUUGUGGUUAAACCAGCUGAGAUCAAGAAGAAGCCAGCUGAGAGGAAGAAAUCAUCAUCGGCUACACAAUCAGGAGAUGAAUCAAAGCCCAAGAAGAGAAAGUUGAGCAAAGCUAAAGAUCCAAAUAUGCCGAAGCGUCCAAUGAGUGGCUACUUUGUCUUUCUGGAGGAUUUUCGUAAGGAGUACAAGGAGAUACAUCCUGAUUCUAAGGGUGUGAAGGAGGUUGCAAAAGAAGCUGGAGCUAAAUGGAAGGCCAUGACUGAUGAGGAGAAGAAGCCAUAUUUGGAUAAGGCAGCAGAGCUUAAGGUUGAGUAUGAGAAGGCCAUGGAGGCUUACAAUGCUGAUAUUGUUGACAAUGACGAGGAUUCUGGUGAUCACCAAGCUGAAGAGCUGUGCGAUGAUGAUGCUUAACUGGUUGGACAGAAUGAUUAGAGGCUUAUGGAAGUAGUUUUUUUUCCUGGGGGAUGGAUAUGAAUAUGAUGGUUCUGUAAAGUUUGGGGUUUUAUUAGGAAAUUAGAAGUUUUUGGUACGUAUUUUAUGGACCUUUUAUCUAGCUUUCGGAAAACUGGAAAUAUUUCAUAUUAGUUAUGCAUGCUAUGUUGAAUUCAUUGCAUUGUAAUGGAAUGUAUCUGAUUUUCAUUUCUUUUCUUUUCUGUGUU